AUGGGGGAGCAGAACCGGAGUCCAGUACGGUCACCUGGAUCCCGCAGGCUGGGCCCUGUACUGAGGGCUGGCUGGCUGAAAAAGCAGAGGAGCAUCAUGAAGAACUGGCAGCCACGCUGGUUUGUGCUCCGUGGGGACCAGCUCUUCUACUACAAGGACAAAGAGGAGACCAAACCGCAGGGAUUUAUCUCACUACAAGGGACCCAGGUGACCGAACUUCUUCCUGGUCCUGAGGACCCAGGGAAGCACCUCUUUGAGAUCAGCCCAGGUGGUGCUGGGGAGCGGGAGAAGAUGCCGGCCAACCACGAGGCUUUCCUGCUCAUGGCCAGCUCCCAGAGUGACAUGGAAGACUGGGUGCGGGCCAUCCGCCGGGUCAUCUGGGCCCCUCUGGGCAGAGGUACUGCCCGUAGCUUGCAUGCUUGCCCUCUUGAACCCCUGUCUCCAGGGAUCUUUGGGCAGCACCUGGAGGACACAGUCCACCAUGAGCGAAAGUAUGGUCCCCGUCAGGCCCCACUGCUGGUGGAGCAAUGUGUGGACUUCCUCCGGGAGCGUGGGCUUACUGAGGAGGGGCUCUUCCGCAUGCCGGGUCAGGCCAACCUGGUGAGGGACCUGCAGGACUCCUUCGACUGCGGGGAGAAGCCGCUGUUUGACAGCACAACAGACGUGCACACGGUGGCCUCCCUGCUGAAGCUGUACCUACGGGAGCUGCCUGAACCAGUGGUACCCUUCGCCAGGUACGAGGACUUCCUCAGCUGUGCCCAGCUUCUCACCAAGGAUGAGAGUGAGGGAACUCUGGAGUUGGCCAAACAGGUGAAUGACCUUCCUCCGGCAAAUUACAACUUGCUCAGAUACAUCUGCAAGUUUUUGGACGAGGUUCAGUCUCACUCUGAUGUCAAUAAGAUGAGUGUCCAGAACCUGGCAACCGUGUUUGGACCUAACAUAUUACGGCCCCAGGUGGAAGACCCAGUGACCCUCAUGGAAGGCACUUCCCUAGUCCAGCACCUGAUGACCAUCCUGAUCCGCAAACAUAGUCAGCUCUUCACAGCAACAGCCACUGUGGAGUCAGCCUCCCCACACAGGGGCCCUCAGCGCACAGUGGGCUGGGGCCCUGAGGAGGUCACCGGGGACAGCCAGGGGGAUCCUGGUGGCCUCAGUGUCCCUGGCCUGCCUUCACAGAGGACCUCAUCUCUGGAUGGGGCCACCGUGGCAGCUCUUGUGAGGACCUCGCCCUCAGGCCCAGUUGCCACCAGUUCUGGGAAGAAGGUGCAGACUUUGCCAAACUGGAGGUCUUCUUUCCGGCAGUCGGGGUCCCGGCCAGCCAGCCCAAAGGUGGGCAGCUCAGCCCUGGAGAUGCCUGUUGUCUCUUGCAGUGGGAAUUGGCUUAUGAACGGCCUGUCCUCCCUGCGCGGCCACCGCCGAGCCUCCUCGGGUGACCAGCUCCGAGAUUCAAGCUCCUCCCAGAGACUGUCCACCUACGACAAUGUGCCGCCACCUGGCCUCCUGCCCAGCUCUCCCAGCAUGGCCAGCACUGCCUGGUCCAGGGCCACUUCCUCUUGUGAGGCCUCAGCCAGGGGCUCAGUCAGCAGCUGCACGGCCUGCCGGGCCAGCGACUCAUCUGCCUGUAGCUCCCUGCACACUGAAUGGGCCCUGGAGCCCUCCUCACUCCCUAGCAGCAGUGAGGAGCACAGGUCCUCAGACCUGGGCCACAGCCUGGAUGAGGAUGGCACGGGCAUCAGCAGGAGUGACCCCAGCGACCCUGGCCAGGAUCUCACCUGUGGCCCUGAGACCCUCCAGGGACUGGUCACGGAGCUCAGGGCAGAGCUGUGCCGGCAAAGGACUGAAUACGAGACAAAUAUGAAAAGAAUUGAAGACGGUAGUGCUGACCUGAGGAAGCGCAUGUCACAGUUAGAAGAAGAACUAGACCAGGAGAGGAAAAAGUACACGAUGCUGGAGAUAAAGCUGAGGAACUCAGAGCGGGCACGGGAAGAUGCCGAGAGGAGAAACCAGCUCCUGCAGAAGGAAAUGGAGGAGUUUUUUUCAACCCUGGGAAGCUUGACUGUUGGAGCCAAAGGUGCUCGAGCCCCACAGUAA